AGGAGAGUAGAUUUUUUUUUUUUAAUUUUUUUUAUUUUUAACCAAGUUCUAUUUCAUAUGAGCACCACCGCUUCUGCUCCUCCUCCUCCGUCUCUCUCUCUCUCUCUCUCUCUCUCUCUCUCUCUCUGUUCACCAUGUUGGGAUCGGACGAUCCGGUCUGCAAUUUCUUUCGCAAGGAUCUCACCAACAAGCGAAUUCGCAAACGAAAGCUCGACGACGACGAUGAUGAUUAUCAUGGCGGUGAAGACCAGCAGCAGCCCCAAUCCAUGGAAAAGUCCAAGAAAGCUUUGCGCGACAACAAGCUCUACUUCUCCAGCUCCACUGCCGUUGGGGCUUCCGAUAAGGAUUCCUCCCUUUUCCGCUUUGAGUCCUCUAACGAGAUCCAGGUUAACCACGACAGCCGCGCCACGGCAACCCUCGAGACCGAGACGGAUUUCUCCCGUGAUGCCCGUGCCAUCCGCGAGCGUGUCUUGAAGCAAGCUGAUGAAGCUCUCAAGGGUAAGAGCAAAGGCAAAGGGGAUGAGAAGGUCUACAAGGGUAUUAAUGGGUACACUGAUUACAAGGCCGGGUUUCGGAGAGAACAGACGGUGGCCGGGGAGAAGGCCGGCGGAGCUCAUGGCCCGCUUCGGGCUUCAGCGCACAUCCGAUCCUCAGCGAGGUUUGAUUAUCAGCCGGAUAUUUGCAAGGAUUACAAGGAGACUGGGUACUGUGGGUUUGGGGAUUCUUGCAAGUUCAUGCAUGAUCGCGGGGAUUACAAGUCUGGAUGGCAGCUUGAGAAGGAGUGGGAGGAAUCUGAGAAGGCGAGGAAGAAGGGGUUGGCAAUGGGAGGUGGGGAUGGUGGUGGUGUGGAUGCUGAUGUUGAUGAUGAUGAUGAUGAUGAGGAUGAGCUGCCUUUUGCAUGUUAUAUAUGCCGGCAACCGUUUCAGGACCCGGUGGUGACCAAGUGCAAGCAUUAUUUUUGCGAGCAUUGUGCUCUGAAGCAUCACUCAAGAAAUAAGAAGUGUUUUGUGUGCAACAAACCAACACUUGGCAUCUUCAACACUGCACAUGAAAUUAAGAAGAAGAUUGCAGAACAGAAGUAGAACUUCAAUUAGUGAUGAAGCUCAACACUGAAGAAAAUUAUAUUGCAUUUUCUAUUCAGGCUCAAAUGUAGAAUUAUGACAGAGCAUUCCUCCAGAGAACAUAAAUUUUUCCCCCUGAUCACACCUUCUUGUACAAAUGUGCUUGUAGACAGCCUUUUUAUUUAAGCUUUGACAAAUAUUUCAUCCUCUCAAAUGUAAGUGUGUUUUAUUAUUAUUAUUUAGUUUUCCCCUCAUGUUGUACCCUUCUCUCAAUCACGUUAUACUUCAGCAUCUCAUCAAUGAAAAAUAAUGAUCUAUUGAUUUCA